UGAGCAACAGGCGCAGAAAAACUGCGCACAGUAUUGUGAUAAAUUUAGGAUCUAUGUUCAGGACGAAAUGUGUCUAAUACGAUGAUAAGAUUCAUGUUCAUGCCUAACAAAAGGGAAUUAUGGCAGAUUCUACAAAAGAAAUAAUUCAUGGAAUUAUACAAGGCUUUAGAGACAGCAUAUUAGGAAUAUCAAAAAUUUUAAAAUAUGAUGCAAGCAUUGACAACAGUGAAGGUGAACUAAAGAAAAAUGAACCACAGACUACACUGGCCCGCAGGAGAGCAGAAAAGCAAAAAUUGAAGGGAAACCUAGAGAAUAAGGGAAACAAAAAAGAACCAACCGUGAAGCAGAGACUCUUCCAGUGUUCUUUAUGGAAUGGAGGUGUUUUCUUGACAAGCAUUGUGUUAUUUCAUUGGGCCUUGCUUCCAUGCUUGUUAUGGUUCACCGAGUUAAUUUUUGCUGGCUCAGAGAAUUUGAAUAUCACUUGGCUGUGGAUAAGCUCCCUGCUUUCUUGGAUCUUUGGAGCUCUGUGGAUUUUGCCACUCUUUGUCAUCAGUAAAAUAGUGAACUGCAUGUGGUUUCAGGACAUUGCAGAUGCUGCCUAUGUGAGAUCAAGGGGACGUCCUACUCCUAUCAAUCUGAGCGUCUUGGUGGCAGAUCUUUUAUUCAGUGUCCUGUUACAAGCUUUCUUUUUAAUUCAGAGUACCUUGGCUACUUUUCUACCCAUUCCCGGUGUGGGCUAUUUAGUGGGCUUCAUUCACAUGUCUCUCCUGUACUCCCUUUAUGCCUUUGAGUACAAGUGGUUCAAUAUGGGUUGGGAGGUCCACAAACGCCUUGCUUACAUUGAGUCCUACUGGCCAUAUUUCCUGGGAUUUGGCAUUCCUCUGGCAUUUCUGACUUCUAUGUCAGCAUCAGCUGUUAUCAGUGGAUGUAUCUUCUCUAUACUGUUUCCUUUGUUCAUACUAAGUGCCAAUGAUGCAGAGGAGAGCUCACAAGUUUGUCAACUAAUUCUCCGGUCUUUGGCACACCCGGUUUCAUUUCCAGACCUGGCCGCCGUUUGGUUAUUGGUCAGUACAGCCGCUCAGUCUCAGAUUUGCCAGGAAACCAUUGCCCUGGGGUGCGGCUCCUACCAGCAGAUUGAAGCAGACGAGACCGUGUGUGGAUCAGACGGCUCUCACUACGUCAACUUAUCAACAACAACGCGCGACCCCAGCCAGCAGUUGUUCUGUGAUAAUAAGGAUUUAAUCACGUGUCCAUCUACUGUAGGUCACGUGUGCGGAAGUAAUGGCGUCAUCUACAAGAAUGAUUGUGAGUUUGCCAAAGCCAAAUGCACUGAUGGUAGUCUGAGUAUUGAGAGUGUGUCCUUCUGCCACCAUACCACCACUACCGCUAAGCCUACCACCCUUGACCCCAACCAGCAGCUGUUCUGUGAUAACAAGGACUUCAUAGGGUGUCCCACCACCGUCAAACACGUGUGCGGAAGUGACGGCGUCGUAUACAACAACGACUGCGAGUUUGCUAAAGCGAAGUGUACCAAUGGCGCCUUGUCUAUCCAGCCUUCGUCAUUUUGUCACCACACACUCUGAGCAUUUCAGUACUUCGAUCUUGUCAAUUUUAUAACACAUAGUGUGCGUAAAUUGUAUGAUGGAGCGAUCAUGAACUGCAAUUUUUUUUAUCGGAGAUCAUUAUUCAAAAACUGUUUUUAUUAUUUCAGUGACAGUUGAAUAAAAAUUAAGAUAUAUAA